AUGACGCGCAAGACCCGGAGUUCUACCAUCUGCGAGUGGGCUCUUGGGGUAAGCGUUGAAGAGUAUUGCAACUAUGUCGACCGACGCAGAAGCAGAAAGUCCAGCGGCAGACAGCGCAUCAGCGUCGAGAUCUCAACCGACGACGAGUCUGAAGAAGACACCGUUAAGAUUACGUACCCUCGCGCCAACCUCAGCAAGAACUCCAAUACCCAAUUUUCCGGUAUCAAGAAGGUCCGCUUCGACAAGCUGGCGCCAAAGUCUGCGAUGAGGACGGCCGACUCGGACGCUAACUCUGAAGAAAAAGACAAGAAGAAACCAGCCAAGGUUGAGGACACAUCCGAGUCCGAGUCAGAGUCCAAAUCGAAGAAGAAAGGAGACAAAUCAGCCAAGAAGAACAAGAAGGUAGUAGAAUCUUCAUCAGAAAGCGAGGAGACCGAAACUGAGACGACAGAGACCGAUACCGAGACGGAUGAGAGCGAGGAAGAGGCACCGUCGCCAUCUAAGAAGAAGAAGAAGGACGUUGACGCUUCUAAGAAGCAAGAAAAGACAAAGGACACCAAGAAGCCCUCGAAGAAGAGCAUUGACAAUACCGCUUCGGGCGACGUCGAGCUGAACAACGUUGGCCCUUCCAACAAUGGGGGAAGAGAGAAGGAUGCAAGUAAAAGGAAGGAGAAACACAAGAACGUCGACGAGACCCGGAAGCUGAGGCCCGAGGCAGCUUUGUCUCCGCACUUGCGUCGGCCCAAUCUCAUCAUGCCGGUCCGCGCCGAGGUCCUCCAGGUCGAGCACACCAUCGAGGGCGUCGAAGACCCCCGACCCAACGCCUUCCACGAUCCUCAGCAUGGUGUUGUCCGUGUCUACCACGGUCCAGCUUACGGCAACCCGUACGGAAUGUUGUAUCCUGCCCGCAACCCGAACAAGGCUCCUUUGCCUGUGGGCGUACCCCAUCCCCUGGAGAACCCCUACUUUCACGGAUUCGCUAACACCACAAACCCCGGAGACAAUCACUUCAGAGGCCAGUCGCCGUGGGGCGCCGUCCCAGUAACCUGUAUGCCUGGAGGGCCGCCCGUUAUGGCGCCGGUCGACCCGACGCAGACGCAGAUGCAGAUGCCGUCGUGGUGGGCUCCCAUGUCUCCAACAAAGGCCGGCUGGCCGAAGGGAUCUCCGAAGCCCGUUAUGUCGGGAGCUAUCCAAGGUGAUGGGGGAUCUACUGGCGCCGUGAACAAGGAUAAAGGAUGGGAUACCAAUGUUGGACCUCGGCAGAACAAGACCCCUUCUCCUCUAACAAAGCCAGCCAGUCCCAACAAAGUUGCUCCUGCCUCCCCUAUCAAUAUCAAUCUGACAGUGAACCCGAACACUCCCUGGGCUGCCUUCGCCGGCGACAAUGGCAAGAAGUCCACUCCGGAUAAGAACGGACAACAAACAAGUGGCGGUGGAUCCAAUGGAAGCAAAAAGUCAUGGGGAUCGAAGAAAACAACAGAUUGGAAACCGAUCGCCAGUGGCCAACACCCGGAUCUUGGAUGGGGCACUCCCACGAAGAGCCAUGGAAGCACCAAGGGAAGCAAUUCAGCCUGGGCGCAGACAGGCGGCGCAAACAACGAUCACUGGGGCGCGGGUGGCGGCAACGGAAGUAACAGUGGAUGGAACACUUCGGGCAACGGCCAGAACAACGAUGCUCAAGCAACUUUUGGAGGUGAUGGCUGGACAACGACGAAUGAUACCACCUGGGGUGGCUCGAACAACAAUCAAGCGGCGGCCAUGCACGGAGACGGAUGGGGGGCGUCUAAUGACCAGUCGGGCGAUGCUUGGGUCAAUACCGGGGGCAAGUACAACAACUGGUCAACGGGCUCGAAUCACUCCGGCUCGAAGAAGUCAAACAGAAGCCAGCAUGGCAGCAGCAGCAACCGCGGCCCAAGCGGCCAAACACAGCCGGCUACCGAUUGGGAUGGGCAGGGCAACAAUGUCGGCUACUCGGGGCAUACCGCCUCGAAUGGCUCGAACAAGUCUAACAAGUCCAAGAAGAACACGCCGCCGCCCUCUACCAACGGCGGCUGGGACAACAAUGCCGGUCCUACCACCAACAGCCCUGUGGGUGACUAUUCCAACAAGAGCAAUCGAUCCAAGCACGAUGCCAAAAAGGCGUCCAACAACGGCGACGAGUGGGCCACGAACAGCACCUCGGCUUGGACCACCGACAACAACGCCGUGCCGACGAACAACAACAGCCCGAACAACUCCCAUACGUCGAAGAAUAACUCGAACAGCGGAGGCAAGGGCGACGACCAGUGGUUAACGGCGGGUGGCGGUGCCGGAUGGGGUCCCGAGACCACGAGCGGCGACAACUGGAACCCGACCGCCACAGAGAUGAGCAAGGCGUCGAGUGGCAGCAAGAGCAUGCCAGGCGCCUGGGACAACACUCCCCCUGGUUUGACACGUCUAUGGCCCAGUCGACUGGCGGUGCGGCGGAUAACUGGUGAAGCUGGUGUCGAUGCCGGAGCUCAACCGAAGCUGACCAAGCGAUAG